GGUGGAGCAGGGCCACAAUUCUGCUGUAAUCGUCCUCCUGGAAAAGCACGGGGCUGGGUGAUGUAUGGCAGGGUGUGAGGUGGAGAGCAUCUGAGGAGUAUGGGAAACACAGCCGAGCUUUCAGACUGGAACAAAGGAUUUCAGAGAAGACGGGGCAGAAAGGCAGCGCGGCUAGAUCUGAAAUCCCUCUUUUCUGUGCAACAUCAGGCAGGAACAGACACAGCAGUACAGUGGGAGGCAAUCUUGCAAGCAUAAGUGAAGCAGGGAAGCAAUCCAAGCACAUUUACCAGAGGACAGAGAGAGGGAGGGGAAGGAGGAGAGGGAAGGAGGGAGGAGAAAGAACAGAUCUAGGAGAGGAGGAGGAGGAGGAAGAUGAGGGGAGAAGGGGGGGUGUUGCAUGCUCAGAGAGUGUGACAGAGAUAGAGCGAUUCCAUGAGCGAGAAAGAGACACAGAGGCAGAGGAGAGGGAGAGCACAGAGCAGGGAGAGAGAGGGGUAGUAGAGGCAGUUUGCAAGACUGAGAUCUGCACACAAACGUGAGCAAAGGAAGGGGGAAGGAGGAAGAGAGUGGAGGGUGAAGGAGAGCAGGAGGAGGGAGAGAGAGAGAGAAAGAGAGGAAUGCAAAGAUGAUGGAGCCCAGAGAUAGGCUUCACAGGACAGAUUUUUUUCCUGACUCUCUGCGGCAGACAUGACUCUGGGCACUGGACUGUGCUGAAAUUAGCCAGGGGGACAACACAGGACAGCAGGUCUGCAGCAACUGCUUCGGUUCAGCCUCACUUGAUGCAGCAAGGCAGCUGAUUUAUUACUGAGGGGCUGGGUGGCAGCAUGUUUGCGUGAGUGUGUGUGUGUGUGUGUGUGUGUAUGUGUGUUUUUAUGGGUCCUUGUAGCUGCUCGGAGCUGCUCGGAGCUGCAGGAGAGACCAUUCCUCCAGUCAUAAAAUGACAUUCAGCAGGCAGGAGCUUUGUGUGCUGGUGUGGAUCUGCAGUCCCCAGUAGGAAGUGGGAGAGUGGGAUUCAGAGCUGUCAUCGAGUGCGAGUGUGUGUAUACAGAGCUGUUCGCUGAGGUGAGCCAACCAGGCUCAGCCGAAUGCAGUGUGUGUUUAGGUUAGAGUAGCAAGGGUGCAGCAAAGGCAAAGAUCCCACACAAUGCAAGGACAAGUGCAGAGCAGCAGUGAUGGCAGGAGGUGCAGGUGAAGUACAAGGAGGGCCCUGGGGGUAGGGUGGAGGUCGAAGGCAGGGACAGAGGAGGAAGAGGACGAAAGAGUGAAGGGAGGCAAGUGGAAAAGAGAGGGCGAUCAUGGCUGUCAUGCAGUGAGCUAUAGCAUAUGCUGUAGCGCAGAACAGAGUGGUGCGGCAGGGGGAGGACAAGCAUCACCGCGCAGAGGAGGGGGGAGGAAGGGAGAACGAGACUGAGGGAGAGAGAGGAGGGGGGGAGGCAAUCGGCUCAGCACCUCUCCUCCACCAGGAGGAAGAGCACAGCGGGACAGGCCCAGGAGAAGACUCGCUGAGAAGUCAAAGGCGCACAGACGUGUAGAGGUCACAAGGGAGCUGGACGGGGGUCGGGUGAACCCCCCGCCUGCUGGCAGGUCGUAAGGAGUCUGGGCCGGUCCUGAGGAAGACAAGGAAGAGAAAGGAGUCCACUUGAGAAGGAGGGGUUGGAUACCCCCCAGUCCGGUUUCUUUUGACAGCCCUGCAACUUCUCCGCCACCAUGGGAGAAUGGACCAUCUUGGAGAGGCUGCUGGAGGCGGCUGUCCAGCAGCACUCUACCAUGAUCGGAAGGUAAGACACAGAUAGAUUUGGUGUGUGAGGAUUUUAUUUUCAGUUUUUGCGUGUUUUUAAACUGAUGUGCUGGGUUAACGGUGGUCUCUACAUCUCACUCGGAAUAAAUAAGUUGAUGGCAUCUCUAUUGAAACCCCCUCCUCAGGCUUGUCUCAGUGCUCUCCUCUGUUCUUCAACCCCCCCAUGACACAGUCAUCUCUGCCUCCCCACAUCUUUCCCUCCCUCCCUGCUUUCCUCACCCUUAUCCUCCACACUCAUCAUUAGUUAAAGGAUAAACUAAUUGCACAUAAUCAAUAGCAGGCUUUACUUGGCAUUAUGGUUAAUUCAGAGAGGUUCCUGUGUUGAUUCUGCCUAUUAGCCUUGCUAUUGAUGGAUAACGCUCAAUGCUGUUGGCCACAGACCAAUGGGACAGAAGGAGUAGAGGGGAGUGGGAGUGAGAGGGGAGAAGAGGUGAGGGAGAUGAAAGGAAGGUGAGCAGGCAGGUGUGGAAGGUAAAAUCAAAGGGGGAGUAAAUGGCUCUGAACUCUGAGUGAACUUGACACCGACAACAAAAAAAUAUAAAACAAGUUCAUUCAGAUUGUUCCUAUUGGCAGACACUUGCGUCAGGGUGAAAGCCAGGUGAGAUUACAUCUGAUGUUUAAUGUGAGGAUGUUUUUUUUUGUGUGGUGGAGGGUUGAAGAGAUGAGCUUUUAGUUUGAUAAACAGAGGAGACAUGCCAUGGAGGCAUGCUGUAAAAUCUGUGUGAAAAAAUGGGCUCCACAUCAUCUCUGUGGGAUUAAUUAAACGCAAAAAGGGAAUUUUCCACCCAUUGAACACAAUCCAAAUGUCACGCCAGGAUGAGCAUAUGGAAAAGUCAAGAGUCAAAGUGGUCUAGCGUGUAAAAAUCUGGAUGUAUAGAUUUGUGCCUCUAAAAUUGUCUUUCAGCAAAAAAUAAAGCUGCAAAGACUAUGGAUGAGACCGCACUGCUGCGCUCAUUAACCCAGACCUCAGGUAGUCUGUAACAAGGACAUGAGCUCACCUUCUCUUUGCUCUGGUAUGCGUGUGCUUUGGAAAGGUGGUGGUGGUGGUAUGUGUCUUGUUUUGUGUGAAAGUUAAAGAAGAGAAAAUGUGUGUGUGUCUUUUUUAAUAAUAACAAAAAAAACAAAAAAGCAAAACGCAUUUGAGCCAUUGCUUCCGAAAUACCGACAUCCUAACUGCACCAAAGCCACAGAGAUGAUGUGAGCUGCAUUACACUGAAAUUCUUGUUGAUCAGAGAUUAUGUGCAAUAGAGAUUUUUUUUCCAAAAACCACGACACCAAGUAACUUCAGCAAACUCUUCUUCAUUUGGUAAAUGUGUAGUAGGCAAUGAAAUCACCUGGUCUUGUCUUUAAAUGGAAUGAAAACCUGCAUAAAGGUUUUCUGGCUUGAUUUAAAGAUGCAUUAAGCAAUAUUUUGUACCAGUAAUCCUAUGACUCCCCCCUGUUCAUGAAAUUGGUAGUACUACCAGUUCCAAUGAGAAUCAACACUUGAAUUUGAAACUCACUGUGUUGGUUUGUCUAAAGCAAAGCAGUGGCUGUUAUUGUCAGACACUGGGCCACUGCUCCUGAAGCAGAAGCUAAAACAAGCUAAUUGAAUGCUAACUGCCCAGUACGCAGUGGAAAAGGCUGGAAGUGGCCGGCGAAGAAACUCCGACCUUUAGCAAGUCAACCGAGAUUGUUAUUUUUCUCAUGAGCCGGGAGACAAAACAAGGGCUAAACGCCAGUGAAUAUUGGGAUUACAUUCAACAGGUGGCCAGAAAAAGGAGACCAAAGGGAUGUCCGUGUUGCUCUGUUUCUGCUGGAUAUGUAAGUAGGCAACUGUUUGCUAACGUGUUAGCCCAUAACUACUUCAUAAGCUAACUGCUAACUGUUGUGAAAUUGUUCUGGAGUCUUUCUGCCCCCUAGUGGUCAAAAAUUACUUAAUGCAGCUUUAAAAUUCAGUCCUGGCAGCUGAAUCAGUAAAACCCUGAAAGGGUUUGGUCAAUCUUUGGUGAUUCUAUGACUUUUAGCCACCUACAGUUUUUCAGAGGCACAGAAGCAACUCUCAAUUUGUCUGCUACCUCUUUCAAGAGUCUUAAUAAUGAUGAUGGCUUUCUCUCAUUUGCUUAAUCUGAGCUAUUUGUUGAUCAUGCACGUCACCGGUUGGACUUCAGAAGUGUUUUCUGAACACUUCAAAUACCCUUCAUAUAGUGAAAGAAGCAGUGCUUUCUUUAGAUCAAUUUAGAAUAAUUCCUUUACUCCCUAGUUGUUUUUCUUCAUUUGACUAAAUUGACUCUGUUAAUCGCCUGCUGAGACAUACCAUCCCAAAUGAUAUAACUCUGGAUCUAAAAAUGAAUGGCAGUAGAUAGUUUGUGUGUAGGAGCUAUGUGUUACUGUGCUGACAGCAGCAAAUUGCCCUGUAAGUGAUCCCUACAUGUUUUGGCUUCCCUCAGACUGUGUUGGUCCUACAAGGCUCUUAAGCUGACCCUAGGGCAUUAGCUGUAACAGUAGAUGCUUUCCAAUGAGUCUUCCUCCUACUACACCGUUUGCCUUCGCUCUUACAGUCAUCAGAUAUUGUCUUUGGAAUCAAUUUGGUCUGUAUCUUGUGUGUUUUGUAGUCAGUAGAGACAAACUCUUGGCUUUCUACUCUUGCUAAACCAAUUUAAAUGUUGUACCAGUGUGAUAGCUUGUUUGCAGGAUAUAUAAUGAAAAUAAUGAUUUUUUUUAUGAGGACAGAGUAAGAGUGUAGCAGUUUAUUAUUGAGUCGUGGGCUGGAUUCGGGCUUUUUUAGCUACAGAUAGUCAUUGUUAGUCGUCAGUGUCAGAUAUCUAUAGCAGUAAUAGAAAAAUGACUUGAUUCCUAAUCCAGAGCAUGUGUCUGCAUGGUCAGGAAAUCAAUGACACCUCACAUUCAAAUGAUUCGAAUGAUGUUUUAUUUUUUGGAUGUACCAGCAAGUUGGAGAAUUGUUCACUGGCACACAUUUGUGCUACAAAGAUGCCUCCUAGAUUGUUAAUGAGUCACUCCACACUAAAACAUGUAUGGAGCCAAAAUUCGCAUACUGACCUCUAUGGGUUGAAAGGUUCAAGUCUGUCUCACCACUGACCAUGCCCAACAGUACUGUUGGGCGUGGUCAGGUGUAGUCUGUUGCACUUGUGAACACAACCAACUGUGACAUAGUGUUGCACUAUUGUGCAUUGUGAAGUCUUGCACUUCACAGGGUGUGGUUGGAGCAUGCAGCAACUGCUAGACGGCAUCACAUGUAGGAUGUUCAGCCUGUGUGUAGUUUCUUCGAAGAGUUUGCAUGCAUGGGCUUGCGGUUCAAGGGAUGCAGUUCCAAAGUCCAGGACAGUGACGUCUCCCCAUGGCUGAAUAGUCUCCCCUGCAUCAAAACUUUGGAACAUGGUUGCAUGGUAGUCAUCUCUCUUGCCAUUUGAGGAGUUAGAUCCAUCAUUUCAGACUGUCAGAUAGCAGUAUGUGAUGUUUAGAAUCUAAUCCAGCUACAAUUAAGCUGUUUCUUAAUUGUAGGUUUUAAGCUAACCUAUGCCCUGGCAUAGGAUAGGUAAAUAGCCUAGCUAUACUUGAAAGUGAUAACAACAGAAAUGCUUCAGCUUUGCAGUGGCAUAGGUUAGCUUAAUUAUGGUACAUGGAAGAGAAAAAUGGAGUUGCUUCUGUGCCUCUGACUAACCACAGGUGGCUUGCAUAUUACGACUCACACAGAGAUUAAUGUUGUGUGCUGUGAUUUCCAUAUGCCUGACUUCUAACAGGGCGAUGUAUAAAGUGUGCAUGGAUAACCAAUGACUUUAAUCAUGAUUACACAGUGAAAAAGAAAAUCAUUGUCAAGGCUGCAUUAACCUCAUUCUCCAGCCCAAACCAAAUUUACCGUAUACUCACAGUUAGAAUGACCCUAGGGCUUUCAGCAUUAGAUAACUGACAGUUUAGUAUGGCCUCUGAAGUGCCUCACUCUGUAUCUUAAUUAAAGAAAUGAAUUAUAUUUUUGCUCUUGAUGGGCAGAGGUGGCCCUCGAACAGGUAAUGAAACAAUAAUAACCUUUAAAAAAAAAGUGUUCAGGAUAUAACAACCCAAAAUUUGUGAUGGAGCAAAGUUGCAUGUUUUGUCGUCAAAUUUGGUAUAAAAAAAAAAAAAGUUUACUUGAGAGUUUGAUUAGCUCUCAGAGUAGCAUGUCAUAAUGCAGGAAUUAAAGUUAGGUUUACUAACUCCGUAGAGACAUUUUUUUAGUCAAUAUGCUGACGAUACAAUUGUGUGUUGUGUUGAGAUAGUACAGCAGCCUUGAUAAUGUUUAUAGUUGUCUUAUAUUUCUUUUAAUUCUAUGCACAAUAAAAUAAAACAAUAAUUGUUACUUUUCAUUUAGUAGAGUGAAUACCUAUUUUAUUUGAAAAGAAAACCACUUAUUGAAUCUUACACCAAAUGGUAAAACUGACUUCUUUUGGUGGGUCUUUUCAUAUAGCAUCAUUUACAUACAUAAAUUUACAUACAUCUUUGAUUAUCAAAGUUUCCUUUUACUCUUUUUGUAUUUUUCUUAUCAGAUUGUGAUUUAAACACUGUGGGUUUACACAUUCUCAUGCAAAUAAGGCACAUUUAUUCCAGUUGGACAAACAAUUGCUUGUGUAUUCUACUAAUCUGCCAAAAACAGAGAUUUGUCCACACAACACUGCAAACAGCUGAAUAUGGAGGGCAUCUGUCUAACAUUUAGGCUAUAAGUAUUUCCUGGACAAGUCAUGGUAGACUAUCUCAUUUUUCAAGACAUCCUUUGUUGAUUUUUGAGAUAAAAGUAAAUCUGUUUUAGUAUGACUCCAAAUAAUCUGUAAGACAAACUGGUUACUCUUCUCUCUAUUCUUUAAUCAUACAUACGCACUUUAUAGCUUCACAACAUGCUUCACAUUUCUUCCUUACAUGUGGUGCUCAGGUGUUUUGCAAAGCACAGGUGUGGGUGCUUGGUGACUUGUAAAAGAAAUGAUGCAUUCAUCUGAAAGAGUAUGACGCCUUUGGGUUUCAGUCAACCACCUUGCAGGUAGGAAGAAGGAAGGAAGGAGGAAAGAAAGUGUUUUGAUGCAUCUUCCCCCUGCACUGCAAUGCUGUAGUGAGGUCAGCACCAAAGACAAGUAGAGCGAAAAAAAGAGGCAGAGAUAAUGGAGGACUAGAGUGAUCUAAGGGAGAUAAAAUAAUAAAGGUUGCCGGAUGGAAGGAUAGAGAGGAGAGGAUGUGAGGCGUAGAGACAGAACAAGAGGGGUACAGGAAGAAAGGGCGGGGGAGUGAAAGACAGAGGAAAGAAGGAAGAGAAGUUUCCCCUCUGCAGAGGUUCAGUGCUGAAAAUCUGUGUCAGAGCUCCUUCCUCGGGAGCUGCAGACUGACCCUGCUGCUGAGGAAACAGCCUGCACUCACAUAUUCACUCACAAAACUCAAUCUGUGUCCUCUGUAUUAAUGAGGAUUUCUAAAAAUAAACAUUUAUCUGAAUGUAAUGCUUUUAAGAACGCUGCUUGUGAAAGGUGAGGACAAUGCAAUCCUGAGAGAAAUUACAUGAAAUAUUCAACAUCUUAGCAAACACAGCAAUGCAGCUUUGGCUGAAUAAACAGCCCCUUCUGUACGAGGCAGAACCACACUGUUGUUACAAAGAUUAUCUUAGCGUUCAUACUGUACUUCACUUAACCGUUAACAGAAAAGAGAUUUUUUAAUGUUUACUGAAUGAACCCUUUGGUAAAUUUCUACACCCACUUAUGUUUAUUCCUGCCUAAAAGACGCAGAUGAUCUAUUAUUUAUCAUCCAUCACUCCCCACUUGAGCAUUACAAAUACUUCAUAAAAUCUUAAUAAAUGUUAUGAAGCUCUUGUUGCAAGUUGAUACUCAUGUCAUUCAUUAAAAAUGUAUGCAUAUUUGCAAGCCUUUUAAUGUAAUGGAUAAGGUGGUUUAUAGAAUACAGCGUUGUUGUGUAACUUGGGUUACAUGGUUAAAAACACACUCCUAAAGGGUUUGAGGAAACUGAAUACACCUUUAUCCUUGUUUUUUUUUUCAGCCCUAAAAGUAAAAUAGACUCCGUAUGAGGAUCUGCCUCUGAUCUCAAAGUUCCCUCUCUGAUCUUUUGAUGCACAUAUCACACUCUCUCUUCUCUUCACCUAAAUGGGUCAGGACAACCACAGGAAAGAGGUACCCUACUUUGAGAAGGGCGCUCUACACCUCUCCCAAAAUAAUUUGAGAAGCGGGAGCGCUCUGCUUUAAUUGAGUGAAUCAUGCUGUCGCACAUAAACCCCGAGUAUAUUUCAUGUAUCAUUAAUAAUCGCUUUCUGGGUAAAAUCUAUACAGUCUGGGAAGAUUGUGUUGCAAAGCAAACAAUGGAAGCAAUAUUUCAGCGUGUGAUGGGACCAGUAAUCCAUCAUCCUGCGGCAGAGAGCGGGACUUUUAAAUUAAACCAUUUUUCUGCACAUCCAGAGUUGUCAUUAGUUUAUUUGUGCAGCAAUCCCUGAUGUUGAAUGCUAUUGAUUAUUCUGUUCGACGGGGAUUUUGCCAGUAAAGCUGAGCUCAGCUUUCAUCCCGUGCAGGCUAUUAUUCAUUUCAGCAACACAUCGAUGGUGUGUGUGUGUGUCUGUUUGUGUGCAUGAGAUCAUUACUAGCUGUGUAAUGUUUCCUCUACACAGCUGUAAUGUUCUUCAUUCCAAUGAUUUUUCCUCAUGUUACGAUUCUUUGAUUAGGCAAGGACGAGACCACUUUUAAUGGCCUUUAUUCUGAUUAUCUGUCAGGAAGACUCAUAAGUGCAUAGGUCGGAGCAGUUUGUUAUCAUUGAUGCUUUUAAAGGUACAUUUCUGGCACUUUUUGAGAAUCCUUUUGGCAGCUGUAUAUACAGAUAAAGUUUAAAACUCUUGUAGCAAUAAAACCUUUAAAAAAGUACUGUUCUUUGAACUUAACAGUCACCAUAAUUUGUGACACAGCGCAUACAGGUUACAUUUUUUAAGAUUGUUUGGCCUUUUGUAGAUUCCAAAAGGGGAGUAAGGCACAAAAACAGAAAUCCACAACAGAGAGAAUCAAAUGCAGUGAUUUAAUAGUAAUUUACUACACAGCCUCUUUACUGAUCACCUGGCUAAAGGUGUUAAAAUCACUUGAUUCUGAUUGGUCAAGAGCUUUCGACAGUGAUCAACAAUUCUGAAUACUAACGGCAACACAAGGGACAGCCUGACUACACAUGUCAUGCUUGUAAGAUGUUGUAAGGUGUACAUGAUUUUACCACUUUCUGUUGAUAAUCUGACAAUUGUAUCGAUACACAACAUCAAGUAUAUUUCCAAUAUGACUCACAGUCAUUUGGAGAGAACCAACGUUUAGGUUGGUGGUUGAUGGUUAACCAGAGCAGAAGAUAAGAAGUGGUGAAACGGCGCAGAAAAAAGUGAGGGAUAUUAGAACACAUAGAGCUGAGUUCAAGAGAGGCCAACCAAGUAAAACAGACAUGAAGCAAACACAAACUGUCACGUUGUUGUAGUCGAGCCACCAAGUGUCAUCCCUCUUUUAAAUAAAUGGUUCCACAUAUUCAACGACUUGCUCAGCGCUUUCCCCAAUUCUUGCAAUGUCUUUGAAAGCAAAAAACCUAUUUGGUAGCCCCUCUUUAAUACAGGAGGAACCUUAAUGUGAACAUGCGUGCAGGCAAACGUGUGCAGCCCAUGCUCUAAACUGAAUAAAUUAUCGGGACUUAAUUUAUUAAAACUAACAUGAACGUUAUGAAAGUCUUUGUUCACACCGGUGUGAAGAAGACACCAUAGACAGCAACAUGGCGCACAGACAAUGUAAGCCUGAUUUAGCUGUAAUCUGCUGUUAAGUCUCAUAUGGUCCAUAUAGUGAUAAAAUAAUUUUUAUUAUAAUGUGCAAAUAAUUAUAAUAAGAAACAUAUGUAGUGUUGAUGAGAUAUCUUUGUGUAUAAUAUGUAGGUAUUUAUAAUUUGCAAGGAAGGGGCAGGACUAGAUAAGCUCUUUGCUUCAUUCUGUUCCUUCUCAAACUGUUUUGACAUACAGUACAUAAAUUGUGUAAAUUUAUCCUUGACAUGUACAGUUGUUUGGUAUACAUAUGUAUUAUUUUGUUUGGUGUUUUUGUUUCUAGUUGUUUUUUGUUGUUGUUCUUAAAGUUUGAGAUAUAUAAAGAAGAAAGAAAAGAAGAAAUCUGUGAAAUGUAAAAGUUGUUUAGACCCAGCUACUUGCUUACUACAGUAAAACUCUAUUAAAUGAGUAAAUACAAAUAUGCUUUGAUUCUGUGGUAGAAAACUGUUUUAUGAAAAGCUUUGUUUAGAACAAAAACAAACAUAAACAUUUCAUGUACACGUCGGUUAACGUUUGUUUCUACAUCCUUGAAUCCGGCCAAGUGGGGCAAUGCCCUGUCAGCUGAAUCACUGACCAUUAUGAUGGAGGAGGUGAGGCCAUAUCAGAGACAUGUGCCUGUGGUCGACUUCUGAUUGUUAAGAAAUCUGCAAAAACUAUAAACCAAAACAUGGAUAACAUUUUGACAUGAAACCAUCUUAUAGAUGUGCUGUGUGUAUUUUCUCAGAGCAGUUUUACAUCUGAUUUACUCCACUCAGUGUUAACCACUAGUCUUAAAAGCCUGCAUCCCAUGACGUGUAAACAUGUUAAUAAAUCAUGACGACAACGCCUGCAGACAUAAAACACUGACUGCAAGGUUAGUCAUGUUUACCCUGCAGACCGCAACUGAAAGCCUUGAUGAAAUUACAUAAUAGUGUUACCUGCACGUGUUGCAAGCGUAAUUAUUCUGAGGUACAGUACAGUGUGCAACAUGGCUCGAAUUAACAGGAAAUUUGCCUCGUGUACAGUCUGUGACUUGCUGUUCACAAUGAUUGAAGAGCUAACAGGGAUGGUCAACAUGCGCUCAGUGGUCCAUUGUUGUGAAGCUACACAUGGAGAUCCACCAGAGGGACUCAUUUCCAGAAAAUUAAAUCAACAAACUAACCCACCUGUCUGAAAUUUUUUAAAAAAGGAAACCAUCAAAACUGUGCGUAAUUUGUUCAGCACGGCUAAACAUAGGAUCAUAGAGUUUGUAGGUAAACAAAUCACAUCGGAUGAUUUCAACAUGCUGGUGCUUGUAACACAUACUUCUGACUACAUCUGUGCAUGUUUCAAUCUGGACAAUCAAGCAUAUGGCCUCAGUAACAGGAUGGUAGGUAGCUUCAGCCUAGACACAACAUAUGUCCCACAUUUCAAGCCCAGGCUGGUAUAAAAAAAAUCUUCCUCAACUUACUUGAAGUUCUGGUGAAGACUAGCGAGGGUGCAUGUUUAAUUAUUAAUCGAACUAAAAGCAGCAUAUCCCUGGCUGCACUUUAAAAAACAAUGACUACGUUAAGUAUGGUUGUCUUAGAAAGGCUAAUGCAUUCUGGGAAACAGUAAUGAAAAAAAAGAAAAAUGACGCACCACAUGGUUUGAAUACUUUUAAGCUUAUGUUUCCUCUCAAGGCUAAAAUUUAUUCAAGGAACUUUGCGUCAUAAGAGGGUCUUUUCUUAAUAUGUUAAAUAUUAUAAGGGAUUAAAUUAUUUUUAACCUUACCGGAGAUUGAGAAUAAGAGAAAUUAGCUUAAUCAGCUUUGUGGCUCAAUGCCAAACCAAACUUUUCUCUCAGGUGAAGUUCUCCAUUAAAGGCUCAGCUGAACUGCAGUAACCCCAGCUUUAAAAUAUACGAAAAAAUUGCAGUACAGUGUGUGUCUCUGUGUUGAUACAGUCAGUAUCUGCUAAAUCAAAUCUGACCUGCUUUUAUUUUGAUUCUGUUGACCACACAAAUACUGACGCUGCUCAAAUACUGGCUAUACACGAUCUGAUUGCUGAAUUUUCUGAAAUAUUAAUACAUAUUGAUUCAAACAGCAAAAUAUGCUGGUUAGUAACACAAGGAGAAAUGCUGAUGCCUCUUAUUCUUGGGUUUUUAAGAUACAAGUUGAUUUAGAGACAAACUUUUGCUUUAUGUUUGCUUCUCUUUGCAAUAAUUAAAUUAAAUAAUUUUUUGAUAGAAAAGGUUCAUGUUAGAUAACAUCAGGACUGGGCUGCUACAUCUGGCUCAUGUUGCAUCCCCAUCACGCGCAGUUAGACUGGUGCACUGAGUUCAUAGAAAAGUUAUAUGAGGACUUUUAUGAAAAAAUAUCUUUCAAUAGCUUUAGGCAGCUGUUGUUUUACCUAUUUGUUGUUACAAAGGAGUUUUGCCGCAGAAAAACAAAUCAUAUUUGCAUCCUAAAGCAUUUCCGAUGCUUUAAUCUGGGGGUUUAAUCAUAACUGCAGUCUUGUUAAGAUGCAUGUCAGAUGAGAUAUAAUUGAGGUAGUUACCUGCAGAGUUCCCACAGUUAAUUUUCUCUGUUUCCUUCUUCAUUCCUGAAAAACAGCUUGAAGCCAUUUCCUUCAGAACCGCCGCAAAAGAAACUGAGCUAAUUGCAUUUCUUGAAACGGUGGAAAUUAUACAGGAUGAAAAGGCUUUAAUUUCAUUAUAUUUCUAAUACACGUCUAGAAGUGAAAUAAACUCAAAUCAUUAAUAUUCAGACUCAGAAAAAAUGACUCAUAAGAAUUUGAAGAAGAGGAAAGGAGUAGAUGAACCACCACAGAUGAGUGCUUACAAGUUCGGCUUAAAAUUAAUGCAUUCGUCACACCGACUCUUGGUGGCACCUCAGGCAGUCGUGCAUGUCUGCUUGAUGUGUGUGCGUGACCUAAAACUAUUAAAACAGUUUGAGAGAGGAACAGUUGAAGAAAUAUCUGCGCUCUGAUAAUUACACUGCCUAAUUUCUCUGCCUGCUGAGGUCUUUAUUCAUUACGUCGUGCUGCCAUCAGCAAUCAGUGGAGCUUAUUAUUGAGAGCGCACAGGCAGCGAGAAUAUUUUUAUCCUGUAUAGAGAUAAUCCUGUACUUAACCAGCCUUCAGAGGCCUGCCUGUGUACCUACAUACACUGCUUUACAACGUCAUAUGUUUCGACUAUGACUCAUAUACAGUGAAGUCAUUUAAAUUCACAGAGUGUGUGUGUGUGUGUGUGUGAGAGAGGGCAAAGUGUGUAAAUCCAUCUGCUGCUGCACUCGGGGCGAUUGUUGUCCCUCGAGGAUGGCGGCAGCAGCUGCUGUAUGAAUGAAUGUGCCUGUGUAUAUAUGUGUGUUUGUUUAAGUGUGUGUGUGCGUGCGUGCGUGUGUGUCUUAAAGCCUCUGGGAGAGACAGAGCCUGCAUGUCCAGCCGACACACCAGUCAAAGAGCAGCUACCAUUACACCUCACACACAACCCUACAGGUCGAUCAGGUUAUUGCAGAUCAGUUUGGGGAGUUGCACGGCAGUGAUUCAUGUGCUCACACAGCCUGCCUCCUCCUUAUACUCUGAUAUCUUUGUGUAUGAGGGCUGUAGGUGUUUCAACUUUAUAAAAAUACUAACUGUCAGUGAUGGAAAACAACACAGAGAAGCACGAAUCCUCUCCUGUACAGCAGUGUUGAGCAAGCCUUCAACAAAGUAGCAUUAAGUCGUGAAGGUUUGAAAGAUUAUCUGCAAAAGAAGCUGCAAAAUGGGUUGAUAGGUGAUGGCAGAUUUGGGGAAUAAUGUAAACGACUUUUCGGUAAAGUAACCAUAAUGUUGUGCCUACCUUUUUUCACCUUUUCAUUUGUACUAGUCUCAGCAAAUGUCCUUACUUUUAAAUUAAGGAGCUAGUACUAAAAAUUCCUACAACCUUUUCAUCAUUAAUGCUGGUUAUUGAAUAUUCUGCAGGUUCAGGCCUCAGGGCUGUCCUCCUCCAAUCUGCUCAAACACUCGGUAUUGGCUCGUUACUCUGCAGGACUUAAAACACUGAUGUUUGCAGAUAAACUCCGUCCACUGUUUUCUGCUAAUGCAGCAAUCUGCUCCGUGCUGAUUAUCCUGUUAUCCAGCAGUGGAGCACACACACACACAAGAGCACAUACACACACUCUCCUGCAAAAACACACCACACAACACUCAAUACUUGCAAUGUCUUGAAAAUUUUAACGAUAUAAACUGCCUGACAAACAAGUAAAGACCCAAUGAUUGAAUAUCUGCAGUACAGAGCUUAGCAAAGUUUCCCAUGUGAGGAAAAGUCCGUGAGUAAGUCUGUCAGUUCUUCCUGUGGAGGUGAAGAAAGAGCUGCACUGAGAGCACUGCAGUCUAGAUGUGCCGCAUUUUAAAUUGACACAAAAGGGGUUUCCUUUGUCUUUAUUCCACUGGAUCCCAGUCUGCUUUUAUGUGCUCAUGAUUCUGCUUUUAUCCGGUACUGAAUGACUUUUACUUUAAGUAAAUAAAUGAAGGUUUUUUUUCAGGCUAUUGCUUUCGAGGAUCCAUAAAAGGCACACCCAGAUUUCUCAAAAGUAUUCACUUUUUUUGUGUGUCAUCAAAGUGACUGUCAAGGGAACAAACUCAGACUGCUAAGACGAGCGGUCGACAUUACUCAUAUCGGAAUAGAACAGAUUUGUUUUUGUCUCAAACUUGGAGUAAAAGACAUUAUGAUCAAGAAUUUAUCAUGACCUUCAAAGAUGUUUGAUGAGAAGAGAACAAACUCACACACUAUAAAAGGUAAUGAGAAUUGACAGCUCUUCUUUAAAACACUUUUAAUGUGCAUAUGGUACCUGUACACACUGUUUUAACGAAUACACAAACCUUGUUUCAGCAGUAUUUCAGCAGCGCACAGUAUCAAGCUGUAGGCAAGUGGCCCCUGUGUAGCAUAGCAGCACCACUUACGCAAUGAAGUGUGAUCUUAGCUAAAUCUGUGUCCACAGGAUCUUCAUUUAUAAAUGGGUUUGACAAAAAGUUUUUCGAACAAACACUAAGAGAUAGAAAGAAAGAGAGAGAGAGAGAGAGAGGCUGUGCUGAUGCUGCUCACCUCACUCUAACUGUGCCAAAUUUCCACCAAGUUCUGGGUCACCCCUUUGAAUUGUCAUAGCUAUUUGGGAGAAUCAUGUCUUGGUCACAAAUAUUAUUUUGAGUGAUUAACAUUUGAGAUUUAUACAUUUUUAUUGACACCAACAUUUCAUUUUACAGUUCCUAGCAGUAGUAUCACACUUAAUGAAACCAACUGAGACUGAGAGAUGACUGUGUUGUAAAUUCAAUAAUGACUGUUUGAAUUGCUUGUGCAGUCUUUAGUGUACUAAAAUAGAACAAAACAAAAUAAUUCUGAAGUCUUGUUCAGUGUACAGUCCUCCUUGUGUAUAAGGUGAAUUAGAGACAUACAGCCUCAGCUAACAAGGAGAAGGUCAGCGAUUAGUGCAGAAUAUAAAGAAGUGCCUGUUUCCUGAAAAUUACACAAGUGAUUCUAGAUAGAUGUGAAUUGUUACAGAUUUUCUAUAGAUAUUAUGUCCAAUAUCUGUCAUUGAUUAAUAUAGAUUAUCAACAAUUAUGUUGAGACUAAAACAAAAUACAUAUUCACAUAAAUUAAUUCUUGCAAACACUUGAGUGAAAACAUGUAAAGACCGGCACACUCUUUAAGGCUUGUACCAUGUGACCGAUGUGGUUACCAGGCAGAGGUAGUGACAUUUAGUUAAUGCCAUAACAGCUUUGUUAUUAAUGGCAGCAUGAAAUGUAGCAUGCUACUAUUAAUGCAGAAACUAAGUAGUCAUCAUGCUCUAAGCUUUUGUAUUUUGAUAUGAAUUACCAUGUAGAGGAGCAUAUUCUCACACCGGCACUCAACAUGAGCCGUUUCCAUAUUUAUUCUUUUAUUUAGGGAAAUAUUAGCAUUUAAAUGAAGAGUGUCAACCACAGAUCUGCAGCUCAGUGAGCAGUAUUCAUCAAAUGUCUCUCUGUGUGGUGCAGAGAACCAUUGAUAUCAGCCCUCAGGUCAAAUCGCAAGCUGUCAAGUUAUCAGUAGAGGUAGAUCAACACGGCUCACAUCAAAACAACUCAAAGAUUUUUGUUUUUUCAAAUUAAAGAAACAAAUCGCAUUCAAACAAGAAGAGCUAAGGUGCAGAAAAGCUUUAAUCUAUUGCAUUUCUAAACAUACUGAAAGUCAGUGUAGCGUAUGCGCUCACAGCUGCUCCAAGCACUGAUGGCCAGACAUGUUUGCCAUUUUGCACAAGUCACACAGAUGGCUGACUUUCCCUCUUUGUCUCUGAGUUCUCAUGUCUCUCUUUCACAAACACACAGAUACACACACACACACACCAUCACGCACACGGGCUUUUACUCACAGGUGGAGCGGGAACAGUCCUGCAGCGGCGCACUGCUCUAUUUUAAGUCUGUUUUCACGCUAACACACAUCCCUGUGCUACACUUCUUAUCCUCACCUGUCCGCCACUCUGCUCUCACGAUCUUCCUCCUUCGUGGCCUCAUUCGGAGACAGUUUUUAUUUUAUUAGUCCCUCAAGGAAAAAUGGAUGUAACUUUUUAGACAUUUCUCUCAAUACGCUCUGACAUAUCUCUGUGUCGGCACCCCUCUUCUCUCACCUUUCACUAAUCUGCUGGUUGCUGUGGUAACUCACCAUGGAAGUCGGCUGUGGGCAUUUUUGAGCCCUCAUUAAAAGAUACACCACGGAGUCUGUGUUGACAUGUAGAUAAAAACAACAGAAAAAGACAGAGGUUUUAUGCGCCCGUCAAAAAUGCACAAGUAUUAGCUAACAUCACCUGGAUUAAGGGCUGCUGUCAUACACCGCUGCCAUUUACUUAGGCUGCUCUAAUGCAUCGAGGGCCAACUCCCAUCCAUCUUUGUCCCUGUGUGGCCCUUGCUUUCUUGGAAACAAGUGUGUUUUAAGUAAUUGGCUCCUCCACGUGGGAACAUGCACAUCCUCUGCAUUGUGGCAUAAAUAGCAGGGAGCCCCGUGAUGUGUAGGCUCUCCUCGCUCAUUAGAAAGAGCUGACAGUGCAGCCCCUUAGAGCCCCUAGUCCUCCUCCGCAGUGCCAAUGCUGGAUCGACACCAGAAGAUAACAGAACAGCAGUCCCUCAGAUGCCUGAAAAAGCAGCCGCACUGCUCUCCAGAUCCUCAUCUGGCCUCUGGACACCGACUCUUUCCAACUGCAGCCUGCACUAAUGGCACUCAGUGGGAUAUCCCAUUGAUUUGUAGAAAUGCUAUCUGUAUGGUUCAGUUCUUAGUUGCAGAUAAUCACAUGUGCUUUUAAAGUGAACAGUUUUAGUUUUGACUGAUCAGCAGGAGUGAUCUUAGUACGUUGAUGACGCACUUUUUAAAGCGCUGCAAUUGAGACAGGUUGGCUCUUAUCUGCAGGAUUAUGAAGCAGCAAAGUCGACAUUCAUAAAAGGCAGUAAAAAACAAGAUACAAGGAAUACUUGAAAGGAAUUUAACGUCAUUGUUAAGAGGUGGACUGCAGUCAGUGUUUGAGUGUGUAUGUGUCACAUGCACCAAUUACUGUCCUGCUCCAUUACAGCUCAGUGGUGAUGAUGAGUGUGAAAUCACCUGUUUUACUCUCAGAUGAUCAGGGAGCUCAUGCGUUCCUACUAUCUAGGGCGCAACUCUACCCUCCUAUAGGAUUGUUUGUCACUGCAGCUGAGUUAUAAUAGCAGCCUACAUACACUCAUGCAAAGACAUAGAUGUGAACACAAAGGCACAUAGCUAUAUCUAUCAAGCGAUCCUUUUUAAGAACUGAUCCUUUUGUAGCUAUGCAGGGAGUUUAAGGUCACAAGGUGAACACCAAACAUCAACAUCCACUGAUUGAGAACUUGAGUUGUCAGACUCAAACCCACAUAUUUCCUGGAUCUCUGCACAUUUGCUCCUCAUUAACUGUUGUCUGUCCCCCUUUCCUCCCCUUUCUUCUCUUUCAGGAUCCUGCUGACAGUGGUGGUGAUUUUCCGCAUCCUAAUAGUCGGCAUAGUGGGUGAGAAGGUGUACGAGGAUGAACAAAUCAUGUUCAUCUGCAACACAAUGCAGCCCGGCUGCAACCAGGCUUGUUACGACAAAGCCUUUCCCAUCUCGCACAUUCGCUACUGGGUCUUUCAGAUCAUCCUGGUGUGCACGCCCAGCCUGUGCUUCAUCACCUAUUCUGUUCACCAGUCAGCGAAAGCAAGGGACCGUAGUUACUCCCUCCUGCAUCCUUACAUGGAUCACCAUGGACAUGGUCACCACGGUCGUCAUCAUGACCACCACGCUCGCAAGCUUCACUCCCGCAACAUCAACGGCAUCCUGGUGCACCCCGACAGCAGUAAGGAGGAUCACGACUGCCUGGAGGUGAAAGAGAUCCCCAAUGGACCUCGAGGACUCCCUCCAACUCACAAAAGCUCCAAGGUGCGACGGCAGGAGGGCAUCUCUCGCUUCUAUGUCAUUCAGGUGGUGUUCCGAAAUGCGCUGGAGAUUGGCUUCCUGGCUGGCCAGUACUUCCUGUAUGGCUUCAACGUGCCCGGUAUGUUCGAGUGCGAUCGCUAUCCGUGUGUGAAGGAGGUGGAGUGUUAUGUGUCUCGCCCCACAGAAAAGACCGUGUUUUUGGUCUUUAUGUUUGCGGUGAGCGGCAUAUGUGUGCUUCUCAACCUGGCUGAGCUCAACCACCUCGGCUGGAGGAAGAUAAAGACGGCCAUCCGAGGGGUGCAGGCACGCAGGAAGUCCAUCUGUGAAGUACGCAAGAAGGAUGUUUCACACCUGUCCCAGGCCCCAAACCUGGGCAGGACCCAGUCCAGUGAGUCAGCCUACGUCUGACAGAGGCUCCUCUGCCUGGGGGCUCAAAGACCUUAAGCAUUUUGGAGAAGAGCCUUUCCCUGGCCCAGGACCCCGGAUCAUUAGGGCACAAAACUCAUCACAGCAUUAUUAUUCAGGAGCACAGACAGACUCUGUGUAGCAUUAAUUCACCGAGUAGACUUUGACACUUUAAGAGACAAGAACCACCUUCCUACAGAGGCAACUGUGUUGCUGUAAUAAAGCUUACACCUGAAGCUUUCACAAUUCAGAGUCCUGCUCAGCAAAUGUGACACUAGUUGCCUUUAAAGAACCCAACAGAUAAAACUGAGCAAUUUCUAAAAAAAUAAAAAUACUGUAAAGAUAGUCUGAGGUUGAAUUAUCUGAAGUUCUCCAUUAUUUGCCUUUGCUGUAGGUCAGAAAUAAUCCCCUUAUUUUCCAAUUAUGUGCAUAUGCAAGAGCUUAAGCGUGUGCAUGCAUACGCAUGUGUGGGAAAAAAAAGCCAAUCUCUGACUUGAGUCAGAAAAUUGAAUGCUAAGCUUAUCUGAGCUAUGAGAGAAAGAAAUAUUAUAUUAUUUCUCGAUGUCCAUAAGUUUUGAGUAGAGUCACUCAGCGGACAAUAAGCACCUUUUUUAAACUUACAUAAAGUCAAACACAAAACCAACAGCACUAAAACUAUCAGCAUUAACUGCAACACAAUCUUUGUUGUCAGGCUUUUUUCCUAAAAAUUGUCACUUUCUUCAUAUUCUCUGGUGCGUUAGGUGCCAAUCUGAGUAAAGGUUGACAUUGCCGGGAGCUUUGUUCAAAAUGAGACACAUGGUGCGCUGAAAAUGUGUUAGAGUUUCUUUCCAACACUGUGUUAUGCACCGCGAUGCUCCCAGUGCCUGUGAGGCAUGCUGUUUACUUUCAGAAAAAGGAAGUGUGCCAGUGUUUCCACUUUGAUUUGCAAAGUGUGAUCACUGUCUAAGGGGCUAAAGACUUAUAUAAAGAUUUCUUUCCAAAUAAAGAGGAAAAGGUAUGGUAGUAUAUAUAUUUUAACCUGUAACCUCAAGCUUUUUUUCACAAGCAGAUUUGGUGCCAUAUUUCAAAGUUACUGUACAUAGAUAAAAUGUUAUAAUUACACUUAGCCUUUUCCCUAAGCGAGUAGAUGGGCUUCACUUGAAUGGGGGAACACUGGUUUGGGUGAUAAUGAAGAUUAAUCAUAGAUUGCCAGCUUUAACACUAUGUAUUAUUAAUGUGCUCUUUGUUAAGCCUUCAUCCUCCAGUGGAGACUAUAUGUUCUGAAAGUGUUCCCCCAGUAAGGACUUUGAACAAGGCAUGUUAUUGAAGCAUUAAUAGAAUGGGUAGAUUACAACAUGUAACUUAAAAAGAGACUGUUUUAUUUAUUUGCAUCCUGCUCCUGUGAAAUGUAAUACUUAGCAUGCAUGAAGAUGAAAAUUAUAUGAACAUAGAAUCCCCUUGUGGGAGUAUUGAAAGUGAAAACCUGAAAGGCUCCAGAACUGCAGCAAUAAUAAUAUAUAGUAUGUGAAAAAAAAAUAUGUGAAUAAAUUAUUAUGCAAACAGUGA